ACUUCUGACGCCAAGCCAUGGCUGCCGCCAACAGCAGCGUCACUGUGUCUGCUCCCUGCACGUCUCCUCCUCCACCGGACAAUCGCCUCUCGCAUCUCUCGCGGCUCCCUUGCCCGCCGCUCACCCCGCGGGCCUCUCCUCCUUGUCGUCCCUCGCCGCGUCCCGCGGCUCCUCGCGUCUGCCCGUCCCUGCCCGCUCCGCGCCGCACCAACCCCGUUCGUCUCGCUGCCGCACGGCCGUACGCGUUAUGGCGAGCCAAAGCGAGAGGCGAGCGCUCAUUUCUGUCUCCGAUAAGACGGGACUCGAUACACUCGCCAAGGGCCUGCUGGAUCUCGGGUUCACGCUGGUGUCGACGGGCGGCACGGCGAGGGCCAUCGAGGAGGCGGGGCUGCCCGUCACGAAAGUGGAACAGAUCACCAACUUCCCCGAAAUGCUGGACGGCCGUGUGAAGACGCUGCAUCCAGCCGUGCACGGGGGCAUUCUGGCUCGGCGUGCCGUGCCCUCGCACAUGGACGCGCUCGCCACGCACGGCAUCGGCCCAUCGACGUGGUGGCGGUGAACCUGUACCCUUUCGUGGCCACCGUGACAGCAGCUGGCGGCACGUCGUUCGAGAAUGGCGUGGAGAACAUCGACAUCGGCGGGCCGUCCAUGAUCCGCGCUGCCGCUAAGAACCACGAGAAUGUGUGGGUGGUGGUGGACCCCGCCGACUACUCACCGCUGCUCGCCGCGCUGAGAGGGGAGAAGGAGGGCGCAGAGGGCGAGGCGGACAUGCGGCGGCGGCUGGAAGGCGUUUCAACACACGGCGUCGUACGACGCUGCUGUGGCGGAG